UGCACCACGUGACUGAACACGGAAGUACAGCGUGCGAUAACAUUUAGCAGAAAAUUGGGAAGGAGUUCACUCAUUCUAUUGUGUUAACAAUGAGAAGAAUUAUAGCCAUAGAAACCGUUGGCCUACUUUGUUAAAAAUCGAGCUAAACAGACUGGAGUUCAUAAAGUUUUGCAGAAGGAUGCUGAUUUGACAGCUCAAAUUCCUCGCUCCUUGUGCCUGAUUGGCUAAAACAAGCCCGUUGAAAUUGGGGGUUCGCAUCGGUGGAGAAUGGCUAGCAAGCCUGCUAGCUUCUUAUUUUAAAGUCUGUGCUAACCCACAAUCCAUUUGAGUGGAGUUCUUAUCUGUCUGUCGUACUGUUGCGCAAGAGACACAUGAAAAUUGUCUUAACUACAUAAUCAAGCUUGACAAAAGAUAGAGGACUAGGUGUGGAUGACCCCUCCCCUUACGAGAUGUAACAGGAUGCUGAACCAUCACUGUAGAAGGAACCCCGAGCUUCAAGAGGAGCUGCAGAUACAGGCUGCAGUGGCAGCGGGGGAUGUGUACACUGUCAGGAAGAUGCUGGAGCAAGGCUACUCUCCGAAGAUCCGUGAUGCCAACGGGUGGACCCUGCUCCACUUCUCCGCUGCCAAGGGGAAGGAGAGAUGUGUCCGGGUCUUCCUGGAGCACGGAGCUGACCCCACAGUAAAGGACUUCAUCGGCGGCUUCACUGCGCUCCACUAUGCCGCCAUGCACGGCCGUGCGCGCAUCGCCCGCCUCAUGCUGGAGUCGGACUUCCGCAGCGACAUCAUCAAUGCCAAGAGCAACGAUGGCUGGACGCCGCUGCAUGUGGCUGCCCACUAUGGCCGCGACUCUUUCGUGCGGCUCCUCCUUGAGUUCCGCGCCGAGGUGGAUCCCCUCAGCGACAAGGGCACCACGCCCCUCCAACUCGCUAUCAUCCGUGAGCGCUCCAGCUGCGUGAGAAUCCUGCUGGACCACAGCGCCAACAUCGACAUUCAAAAUGGCUUCCUGCUGCGCUACGCCGUCAUCAAGGGGAAUCAUUCCUACUGUCGUAUGUUCCUGCAGCGGGGUGCGGACACUAACCUGGGUCGCCUCGAGGACGGGCAGACCCCGUUGCACCUAUCGGCACUAAGAGACGACGUGCUGUGUGCUCAGAUGCUUUACAAGUACGGCGCCGACACCAACACAAGGAACUACGAGGGCCAGACUCUGGCGGUGUCGUCGAGCAUGUCGGGCAUCAGCCGGCCCUGCCUGGACUUCCUACAGGAGGUCACCAGACAACCCAGGACGUUGCAGGACAUGUGUCGGAUAAACAUCCGGCAUCACAUAGGCCUCCAGAGCUUGACGUUUCUGGAGGACCUGCCCGUUGCCAAGGUCAUGAAAGACUACCUAAAACACAAGUUUGACAAUGUGUGACGACAAGAGUUUUGUUUUUUAUAUACCACACGAACCAGGCAGACGGAGAACGUCGUUCUCUCCUUUCAUCAGACUAUGCAAGCAAUGUGCUACCUUCCGUUGUCUGAAGCCUGGAGG